UGAGCGUAGGCAUCAAUAAGACCACUAAGGGGGAGUUUUGUACUUGUAAAACGCAUGAAAAGACUCCAAAAAUUCCCGGUGACUUCAGAUCCAAGGAGGUGGUCAUAUCCAUGGGAGCACCAUUCAUACUCUAGAACUUUCACUUCGAGUAGGACUGCGGCUUCAGACAAAAUCGCAUUGCUGCCUGCGCGCGCUGUUAACAUAAACUCUUACAGAUGGAUUAAAACGUAUCUGACAUAAACCUGUUUUUGUAAGUAACCUAUAGGUAAACUUUACAUUUUCGAUUUUAGGAGAAUAUGCGAAAGCUGUGAAUUGGUUCAAGAUAUUGAAUCCAUCCUGCGUAAUGCUUACCUGGACAUUAUGAAGAGACAUCAAAGCAUUUUGCAUGCUUGGGAAAAUAUACAGUUUUGCUGAAACUUUCUGUUCGCCUCCAUUCAACCACUUGAUAUUGCUUGUGGCUAUCGACACAACUGAAUCUUGAGUGACCAGCCUACACGCAGCAGCAAUUUAAUUCUUGACACAAAUAUGGACCGUUUGUGGAUUGCAGUUUUAGUGGUUCUAACCAUUGCACUAGUACGAAUGUGUGACUGCCAGAAGGACUCAACAGGUGGUAGACAGGAGAUGUGGGAGCAGCUCCGGGAGCUAGCGAGGAGCCAAGGUCACUCCGCAGUGGGAGCGAAGGACGCUGUCGCCGCCAUACCAUCCAGAGAAAGCUCGCUCAGGUCCUCUCAUAAUGUCUCGCACUCCGGUCGCGGGGCUCCGGUGAGCUCAUCAUCUCAACGAGAUAACAGGCACGCGACGGCAAUUAAACCAGUUCCAGCUCCCAGUACAGAAGCUUCGCACCGGGCGGAUGAUGCCACCGUCCCACGAGAUGCUGCGCGUAGAGCCGCGACAGAGCUCGGCACCCAUCACUCAUCACAGCAAAGACCCCGAAUCAGUUCCAGACAGAGCAACAAACACAGCUCCACGCACACCAGGCGCCUUGCAGGGCCUAAUGUAUGUGGAGGUCACCAGUGCUGCUCUGGAUGGGCUGUGGCUUCUGGGACCAACCGCUGCAUAAAGCCCGAUUGCCAGCCCCCCUGCCAGAACCGCGGCUCCUGCAGUAGGCCCCACACCUGUGUGUGCCGCUCGGGGUUCCAGGGGGCCCGCUGCGAGGAGGCAGCCCCAGAGCAGGUGUACAUCCACACCAGAGGGUCUCUGAGGCGCAUCCAGCCAGGCACCAACCCCUUCCAGAGAGAGCAGCCCAGGAGGAGACCUACAGAGAGGCAGGCCAUAGACAACCCCAGCCCCAGGGCCCAGACCCCCAGACCUGCUACCACCAGACAGCCUCUCCAACCUGUGACCCAAGUGAGGCGAGGACCAGCCAAUUCAUCGUCUCCCCAGCAGACUGGGACGUCUCGCACCGUCAAGCGAUACCCAUCGUCCACUGGCCCCAUCACCUCCAACGCCCUGCCCAAUGGGAACGGACAUGACAUUGGGAAUGGCAAUGGACACUCAAGUAACGGCCACAGACCCACCUCCAAUGGCCACACCAACAAUGCAGUGGCGCCAGCAGGGGCCAACCUCACCUCCAACCUGGACCGCAUCAAGAUCGUCUUCACCCCCAUGGUGUGUCGGAGGGUGUGCAGCGGCGGCCGCUGCUACAACAGCUGUAAGAAGGGUGACACCACCACCGUCUACAGUGAGAACCAGCAGCAGCACCAGCCGCCCAAGACCCAGGGCUUCAGACUCUUCUUCUGUCAGAUCCCCUGUCUGAAUGGCGGGCGCUGCAUUGGCAGGGACCAGUGCUGGUGCCCAACAAACUCCACGGGGAAGUUCUGCCACCUCCCGGCCCCCCCUCCUGCCAGACCCACCCCCAGCCGGAAGGACGGCAGCCUGGCCGGACGCAACUCCUCCUCCCACUCCAUGUACACCCUGCCGCUGUCCAAUCAACAAGCCUCUCUACACCCGUCCCUGGUGAAUGUCCACAUCCAGCACCCCCACGAGGCUGAGGUGCAGAUCCACCAGGUAGCCCGGGUCAAGCCUGGCCAGAGACCCCCCGUGGCUGAGGGGGCUCAUUCUGUACAGCAGCGCUCCCAACCUGGCAACGGGCACACCAGACCACACAACCGGCAGAACGGAUACGUGGGGAGGUGCUUCCAAGAGACCGUUGAUGGACAGUGUGGGAAGCCUCUUCCUGGCCUGACCAAACAGGAUGACUGCUGUGGAAGUGUGGGAGCCUCAUGGGGCCUGAACAAGUGCACAGAGUGUCCAACCAAACCAGCGUAUGCAGUGAUUGCGAACGGGCAAGUGGAAUGCCCCAAGGGUUACAAGAGGAUGAACAUGACUCAUUGUCAAGACAUCAACGAAUGUCUCAUGAAUGGGAUUUGUAAGAACGCUGAGUGUCUGAACACCAGAGGAAGCUACAGAUGCACCUGUAAACCAGGCUACAUGCUGGACCCUGCCAGGAGCCACUGUGUUUCGGACAAGGCUGUUUCGGACCAGAGGGGGAUGUGUUACCGCUCAGCGUCAGCGGGGACCUGUUCUCUUCCCCUCACUCAGCACAUUACCAAACAGAUCUGCUGCUGCAGCCGUGUGGGCAAGGCCUGGGGCACGGCCUGCAAGAGGUGCCCUCUGCCAGACACAGACCAUUUCAAGGAGAUCUGUCCCGCUGGCCACGGCUACACAUACUCGCGCUCCGACGUGCAGAUCUCCCUGAGACAGCUGGAGGAAGAGGAGCUGAGGAGGACAGGCAUUUCCUGGGAGGCCCAGGACCCUAGCCACACCCAACAGCCCCAGCAGCCAGCUCAGCCCCCACAGCAGCUGCCCCACAUCCCACAGACCCCACAGAUCCCACAGUACCCUUACCACCACCAACCACAUCAACCACAACACCCACAACACCCACAGGAGAUACUCCACCACCCCCAGACCCCACAGUACCCUCUUCAAUCCCACACGCCCCACCAUCCACAGCACCCCCAAGAGCUCCCCCAGUACCCCCAGAUGCCCCAGAUCCCCCAGUACCCUCACACCCCCCAACAACCACAACACCCUCUCCAUCCAGACUCAGACAUCCAACAUCCAGCUGGGGAGACCCCCAGCCAGCCUCAAGAUGUGGAAAUAUUGAACCCGCCUCCUGUUGUGACCUACUCCCCGUUGAAGUACCCAGUAGAUGUGGUAGAGAAAGUGACUCCUGACUCUCCCAUCAACCUGGGGCCUGAAUCUGAGGGCCAGGACACAGCCUCCAUCAAUGUGGCCACUCAGGUCACAGAUAUUGACAAGUGCUCCAUCACUCCAACCAUAUGUGGCCAUGGGCUGUGCGUGCCAGUGCAGACAGGCUACACCUGCUACUGUGACCCUGGCUACAAGCUGAGCGCACUCCAGACCAACUGCAUCGAUGUGAAUGAGUGUGAGGGGGACCCUUGUGGAGGGAAGGGCCGUUGUGUGAACACCUUCGGCUCCUACACCUGCCACUGCUACAGCGGCUACAGCCAGGUCAUCACCCAGAACAGGAAGUUCUGCCAGGAUAUAAAUGAGUGUGACAUGGCCAACAAGUGCCAGGAUGGUGACUGUGUCAACACGGAGGGAUCUUAUACCUGUGAAUGCAAGAGUGGCUACGCCAAGUCCUGGAAAGGGCAGUGUGAAGACGUAGAUGAGUGCCGGGACCCAAGCUCGUGCCCCAGUGGAAGGUGUGUCAACUCCCCAGGCUCCUUCCACUGCCAGGCCUGUGGCCCUGGGUUCAGGGCUGCCAGCGGGAGAUGUCUGGAUGUCAACGAGUGUUUGGACCAAUCGGUGUGCACCCACGGUAGGUGUGUCAACUCCGAGGGCUCCUACAGCUGCAACUGUUACCAAGGAUACCAGGCCUCUCUGGACAACAGCAGUUGCCAAGAUGUGGAUGAGUGUCUGCUCCCCGGAGCCUGCCUCCAUGGCAGGUGUGUCAAUCUGGAUGGCUCCCACAGGUGCAGCUGUAACACUGGUUACCAAACCACUCCUGACGGCAGGGCCUGUGAAGAUGUUGACGAAUGUGCUACACCUGUGUGCCCCGCGGGAAUUUGCACCAAUACCGAAGGUUCCUACUCAUGCAAGAACUGCCGACCUGGAUUCCAGCGAUCAGCGGAUGGACAGAGAUGUGAAGAUGUGGAUGAGUGCUCCAAUGCAGACAUGUGUCUGGGAGGGGUAUGUGCCAACACAGAGGGCUCCUUCACCUGCACCCGCUGUAAAGAUGGAUACAAGGUGUCCCAGGACAGGCACAGGUGUGAGGAUAUUGAUGAGUGCCAGUCUCGGUCUGUGUGUGCUAACGGGAUCUGUCUGAACUCUGAGGGCUCCUACUCCUGCAUCACCUGUCCCUCAGGCUACAGCAUCUCCCUAGACGGAGAGCUCUGUGAAGAUAUUGAUGAGUGUGAGCUGCACACUACGUGCCCCAGGGGAACAUGCACCAACACUGAGGGUUCCUUCACCUGCACCACCUGUGGGUCAGGCUAUAGAGUGACUGAGGAUGGGCUAGAGUGUGAAGAUGUGGAUGAGUGCUUGGUGGCUAACGUGUGCCCAGGCCAGCUGUGUAGGAACAGUCCCGGUUCCUUCUCCUGCAGGAGCUGUGGAACUGGCUUUACCCUGUCUGAGGAUGGCUCCUACUGCCAGGACAUAAAUGAGUGCCUGUCCCCAGGGGUCUGCCCCAUGGGCGUUUGCAGCAACACAGAGGGCUCCUACUCCUGUAUGACCUGUGACCUUGGCUUCACACUGGCGCCCAAUGGGCUCUCCUGUGAAGACAUAAAUGAGUGCCUGUCCCCAGGGGUCUGCCCCAUGGGCGUUUGCAGCAACACAGAGGGCUCCUACUCCUGUAUGUGUGACCUUGGCUUCACACUGGCGCCCAAUGGGCUCUCCUGUGAAGACAUAAAUGAGUGCCUGUCCCCAGGGGUCUGCCCCAUGGGCGUUUGCAGCAACACAGAGGGCUCCUACUCCUGUAUGACCUGUGACCUUGGCUUCACACUGGCGCCCAAUGGGCUCUCCUGUGAAGACAUCAACGAGUGUGAGGACCACGGUCUGUGUCUGGGAGGACAGUGCACCAACAGCCCAGGUUCCUACAGCUGCUCCUGUCCCCCGGGCCUGGAGAUGGUGGACGGGACAUCCUGCAGAGAUGUGGAUGAGUGUCAGUCUGGGGGGAUCUGUGGAGAUGGGGACUGUCUAAACACAGAGGGUUCCUACCUCUGCAUCUGCCCUGAUGGAUACACCACAGGCACCACAGAUGGAAUUGGCUGCCAAGAUGUUGAUGAGUGCAGUAAGGAUGGCGUGUGCUCCCAUGGUCAGUGUCUCAACACGGAUGGCUCCUACAUCUGCCUGUGUGAGGCUGGCUUCAAGUACUCUGCAGAUACAGCCGACUGUGAGGAUCAGAAUGAGUGUAAGGAGUUUGGUAGCUCAGUGUGUGGCACCUGGCGCUGUGAGAACACCAUUGGCUCAUACCGCUGCUUCAUGGGCUGCCAGCCUGGCCUGUACGGAGAGGACAACCCAGACUGUGAUAUCGAUGAGUGUGUGAAUGAGACAAUCUGUGGGGACCAUGGUUUCUGUGAGAACACAGACGGCUCCUACCGUUGUCAGUGUGACCGGGGCUACACCAACCCCCCUGGUGAUGCUGGUGCCCAUAGCUGUGUGGACGUGAACGAGUGUGAGAUGAGCACGGCACUGUGUGGAGAGGCCCUGUGUGAGAACGUGGACGGCAGCUUCCUGUGUAUCUGCCCCAGCGACAAUGAGGAAUUUGAUCCCAUCACCAGCCAGUGCCGCCCGCAGGGUGAAGAUGCUCCUCCUAAGCCAGCCUCACACACUGAGGAGCUGAGGAAGGAGUGUUACUACAACCUGAACGAUGCGAACUUCUGUGACAACGUGCUGUCUCGCAACACCACCAAGCAGGAGUGCUGCUGCACGGUGGGGGCUGGCUGGGGGGAUGACUGUGAGAUCCAUCCCUGCCCUGUACCAGGGAGAGAGGAGUAUGACCAGUUGUGUCCACAUGGAAGUGGUCUUCUGCCCCAAGCUGUUUCCUCCCAGAGCCUGGAACAGCAGAGUUUCAAAGAUGUGGACGAGUGUACGAUGUUUGGGCCAGAUAUCUGUAAGAAUGGCCGUUGCUCCAACAACUUCUCCUCGUACUCCUGCUUCUGCCGUACAGGCUUCUACUAUGACAACAUCCGGCUGGAGUGUUUGGAUUAUGACGAGUGCCUGACAGAGAAGGCGUGUGUGGAUGGGGUGUGUGUCAAUACCCCUGGUUCUUUCAACUGCUUCUGUAGUCCCCCUCUGGUCCUGGACACCACCGGCCGCCGCUGCAUCAGUGUCAACACCACCGAGGAGGCUCAUGAGCCUGAUGAGGACAUCCACCUGGACAUCUGCUGGCAGGGCCUGGUAGAUGAGGUUAUGUGUGCCCAGCCCCUCAUUGGCAGGAGGACCACCUACACAGAGUGCUGCUGUCUCUAUGGAGUGGCCUGGAGCGAACAGUGUGCCUUCUGCCCCAGGAGGGACUCUGAUGACUACGCAGCAAUGUGUAACCUGCCAAGGAGACGGGGGUCUGACAGUCUACGAGAGAGGCCAGGCUAUGAGUACGGUCCUGGGGUUGAGGGUCCUGAGGGGCCCUAUGUCCCACCCUACUGGGACAACUAUGGAGGAGGGCCCAUCACUGGGCCUGGGGGAACCUACUACAACCCAGAUGACACCCAGGGCAUCCCCCUGUUCACAGACAACACCAACGACUAUGGCUCACGAGAGAGAGACAUAGAGCCGCCACUACGCGUCCCCAUCCACAGGCCAAGAGAGUUCCAGCCUCGCCCUGUAGACUCUUACAAUGACCGCUAUGAUGGCUUCGAAGGCCUGCGAGCAGAGGAGUGUGGCAUCCUGAACGGCUGUGAGAAUGGCCGGUGUGUGCGCGUGAGGGAAGGUUACACCUGUGACUGCUUUGAUGGAUACGAGCUUGACCUAACCAAAAUGGCCUGCAUCGACAUAAACGAGUGUGAGGACAUCAGUGACAAUGUGGCACUGUGUAAGAACGGGGCCUGUACCAACACUGAGGGGUCGUACAAGUGCACCUGCCUGCCCGGCUUCCAGGCCUCCGCCAAGCCCCAUGAAUGCAUCCCAGAGGUCCCAGUGUCUGGCUUUAGAGAGAGAGUGGCAGGAAACUGAGGGUGUGACUGUUGGAGCUUCUUCUCUCCUCCCUCCACCACCCCACACCCUUACCCUCAUCCCCUGCCCUCUCACAGGGCCUGGCACUAAACCUCCAUCAAGAACACUGAAACGUCCACACUUGUCCCCUAAACACACACAAACACACCUACACACAUACUCUUACUGACUCUUUCAUAUUUUCUCUCUACCACACACAUACUCGUUCACAUUUCCACAGGGGACCAGGAGCUGUCCAGUGAAUGUAUUCCAUGGGAUAUCCUAUUUCUUAACAUUUGCAUUUUGCCUUAAAGGGAUUUUCUGAGGAGUGACCUUUUAUUCAGUCAUCCCAGGCAGUUUGGUAUGCAUACAUAUUUUCUGCAUUGUUUUUCUCCAUUUGUCUUUUUGGUUGAUUAUUUAUUUCAUGUACAUGACAAGGCUCUGCAAAGUAAGAAUGAAAACCAUUUCAGAGGGUAUAGGAUUUAUAUUGUCUUAUUUGUCAGACCAAUAUACUUUACUAAUGAUGAGGGGAAACAGUGUGAAUAGUUUUUGAAGUUUGGUAACUAAGCCUGGAGGAAGCAUAUUGUCGUAAGCAUGCCACAUGUUAUAUUCAUAUUAUAACAUAAUAAUCACAUUGCUAUACAGAGAAAGUUACUUUCAAACCACUUUUUACUAGUAUUUGGGAUGCUUCUGUGGUCAGCAAGGACUUUACAAGGACCAACCAUCCCUUCCACUGGUCUUCUGUGUUUCUCAUGACAGUGCAAUCCUACAGUCCUCAUCCUCGAAGAUAAAGAGGCUCCUCUGUUGGCAAGGUUGUCUCAAGCAAUAACUAGGAUCAAACAAGGUCCAGACCAGAUUAAUAUGCUAUCACAAUGUUGCUUUGACCUGUUGCCAGUACAAUGAGAGAGAGAGAGAGAGAGAGAGAGAGAGAGAGAGAGAGAGAGAGAGAGAGAGAGAGAGAGAGAGAGAGAGAGGGAAAGAAAUAAUUGAAUAUGGGCUUGGAAAGGCUAUAAAUGUAUAUGAUUAAAUAUGUAAUAUGUUUGUAUAGGUUCCACUAGCCUUCUCCCACUAGUCAAGAGAGUAGUUAAGCACACAUUAUGUCCCGUGGCUAAUUAUUUAUGUUUACAUUCAACCACAUUCACAUUCACAAUUGACUUCCCAUAAAUGCAUCUCUGAAUGUGAGUAAAAGCUUUGUUGAAGAGGUUUAGGAUAUUUUGUACAGAUCUAGUACUAUGUAUUAAUGUUUUUGUUACAUUCUAAUAAUGCAUAUAGUGCAGCCAAUAUUUUUGUUUGACAAAAUAAAAUAAAAAAUGAAAAAAAAUCCAGCAUUACAGCUUAGCCAUGUAGAUUUAUAUAUUUCUGUAAAAUUGUUUUUAAACAUAUCUUUAUGUAUGAGAAAAGUGGUUUACACUGUACCAGAGAAAGUGUAUGUAUCCUGCCCUGUGGAGCAGACAUUGAAAUGUAAUGUUGGGGAAUGGCAGUACUAUUUUCAACACAAUGUGGUGCCAUUGAUCCAACAAGUACAAUACAAAGAACAAUGCCUUUUGAAAUGCAAGCAAUAUCAUUUGUGCCAUUAAAACUCAACCUUUUUUGCCUUUCAAAUAAUGUUACUGGGAACAGUAUGUCAUUCUAGUGACCUUUUUUUAAUCAAUAUAGUGAACACUAUUCAGCAUUUCUAAUCAAAUAAACAUUGUUGUCCUUUCGCAUUCAACUCUAGAAACAUACAAUUGCUGAUUGGUCAUGUUUUUAAAUUUUCCAUUUACAGAUGCCUAUCUUGCCAGCACCUAUUUUACACAUAUUUGGAGGAUGCCUUCUUUCAAUGACUGAUGCCCUUGACCUGCAUUCAAAGAGAUGUUCACUGUACUCUUUAUCAGUCUAUCUAUACUGUAUGAUUCAUCCCUCCACAAGUCUUACAUUGAGGUAAAACAAAUAGUGAACAUGUAUUUGAUAUUAUUUAAAGCUUUGUAAACCACAAGUUGUGGUGUAGGAUGUGAUGUAUGCUGUGGUCUAUGAAAAUGUAAUGUUCAUUCCUUUUGUUUACCUCUUGAGUGUAGUCACUAUCUGUCAUCAAAAUAAACUUUUUAAAUAUC